GGGGCCCAUUCUACCGAUCCUUUGUAAAUAUAAUAUAUAUAAAUAAUUAUUAAUAUAAUUAUUAUCUAAGAAGACUCCAGAAGCUGGGCGCAUAAAGUGCAUUUCCUCCUUUCCAAGAUCCCUUCCAUCCUCUUAUUCCUCCCUUCCGUAUGUCCGUCCCAUUAAGCCACCAUCACUAAAAUGAUGGGAAAGUGUCAGCACAGGAAGAUGAAGAAGAGGAGGUACUCUCACAAAACCUCUCACCGCGCGAAGUUUCUCACCAAAGGUGACGAUGAUGUGUAUGAGGAGCUUCAGAAGCCAGACGAGGAGAGGAAGCCCUUGCCCCUUGAUGAAGAUCUUCCUGGAAUGGGUCAAUUCUACGACUUUCACUGUUAUAGCAACAAUGGCACCAGGGGGACGCAAUCUAAGGCAAAAAAAAAAUACAAGGCACAAAUAUCCAAUUACCAACUAUCACAACUAGUAAAAAUUGCCAACAAGAAUCUAUUUCAAAUGUACAAAAUAUUGAGAAAGGUGGGCGUGUUCUUCGCCAAAAGACUAUAAAUAGAACAUCAAUACAAUCCAAUUAUGAUAGAAUAGAUGAUCCAAUGAACAAGAA